AUGAGCAUGAUGCUCGCGGAAGAUGCAAUUCGUCGAGCAGGUGUCAUUGUCUGUGUUAUCUCCAUAAUGACCAUGACAACUCUCCUUGUCAGUGUUAUGAAAAUUUACGAGCGUGCAAACACAAUCCAUUCUGAUGCCAUGGCCCGUAGCCAAGCAUUUGCGAAAAAAUCGCAAGUAAUCUGGGCAGAGAUGAGCGAAAUGAAUCGUGCUCAUCGAAUUCCAAGAGAUUACUAUGGUAGCGCUGCAGCAGCGGAAGAACUGAAGAAAGGAGUUUUGCACAAGUGCAGCCAAUGCACACGUCUUCACUGCCCAAGCGGACAGGCUGGUAAAGAAGGUCCACCGGGCCUUGACGGUGAGCCCGGCUCACCUGGAAGACCUGGCGCUCCUGGAAAGGACGGAGAGGACAUUGAACUGAAUCCUCAGCCUGACCUUCCCUGCUCCAUAUGUCCUGCCGGGCCACAGGGACCGCGAGGACCGCAAGGGGAGCGCGGAAUGACCGGUAGAGCUGGUACCAAGGGAUCCUCAGGUCAUCCUGGUAAUCCCGGUCUCGCAGGCCUCAUAGGUACUCCUGGAUACACAGGCUACCCUGGGUCUCCUGGUAACAGGGGCGUCCGUGGUCCACCUGGUGAUGAUGCCAUAGCCGGAGAGGGAGUAAAGGGUCCGCAAGGAUUGCCCGGCUCUCAAGGUGCAAAGGGACCUCCCGGAACUGCUGGACGACCGUCGAAUGUUAGAGGGUUGCCAGGAACGCCAGGACCUCGGGGAGGAGUUGGACAGAGCGGAAAGUAUGGAGCAUUUGGAGAGCGUGGCAGCCCUGGACCACCGGGAGAGCCAGGAAUGCCGUCAUCAUAUUGUCCAUCGGACUGCGGUGUCAAUACAAUCAUUGCUCCUAAGAUGGAGUCUAUAGCUCAGUUCGAGCCCCAGUCACCUUCUACCGGUGAUGGACUGGAGCCAGAACAAGAGCAGCAAGUUGCGGCAGCCGCUGCAACAUCAGAACCUCAAGAGUCAUUUGAUGAACUUUCUUAUCAUAAUUUUUUCAAGGAAUAA